UAUGUUUGUGUGUCUGUGUGUGUGAGACUGGGACCGGUCUGUGGUUAACACCAAUCAGCAGUGGGAAGGUCUGGCCUGACUCCUGUUAUCCUCCUCCUGCAUAAAAAGCAUGCGUUUCGCCGUGGAGCUCCACGGAGCAGAGCGCUGAUCUGCAGCCUGAGAAACAUCUCGUGAUCAAGGACAAGGAACGCGAAGGACGCGGGGGGAAGCAGAGCAACACCGAGCGCUCCUUCUUGGCGUUAUGUUGGGCCACAGAAAGAAAGCGGCCCCUGCGGGGAAGAACGGAGCCGGGACGUCCAGGUUAAAGGCCAUCGAUCCUCUGAGGAACCUCGGAGUCAGUGAGGAUGAAGAUGUGAAGCGGAUGUUGCAGGGCUCAAGUAUGGUCAAGGUCCGCUCACCUCGCUGGCAGAAGCGACGAACUCUAAAGCUGCUGGAAGAUGGAGUCACUGUGUGGUGUCAGUCCCAGAAAACGUCCUCCCGCGCCAAGGAGCAACAGUCAUUCUCUGUCUUGGAGGUGGAGUGCAUUCGGGAGGGUUGCCAGUCAGAGAUGUUGCGGCAGCUGGGUGGCUCGGUACCCGAGGGCCGGGGUUUGACUGUGGUCUUUAAAGGGCCCCGAAAGAGCCUGGAUCUCCUCUGCCAGAGCCAGGAGGAGGCUCAACACUGGGCCCGCGGCAUCCGGAAGCUGCAAGGAAGAGUGGAGAAUAUGAGCCAGAAGGACAAACUCGACCACUGGAUUCAUGCUUACCUGAGUCGGGCUGACCAGGACCACGAUGAUAAGAUGAGCUAUGAAGAAGUCCAGACUCUGCUGCAGAUGAUCAAUGUUGAUCUGAGUGAACAAUAUGCCCGCAGCCUGUUCCAGAAAUGUGACCGGUCAGCUGACAGUCGUCUGGACCACGAGGAGAUUGAAAUUUUCUGCAGGGAGUUGCUACGGAGACCGGAGCUGGACACUGUGUUUCUCCGCUACUCUGCAAAUGACUGUGUACUUUCCACUGUGGACCUGAGGGAUUUCUUGAAGGACCAGGGGGAGGAUGCUUCACUCCUCCAUGCCCAAAGCCUCAUACUCACAUAUGAACUUAAUGAAUGGGCUCAGAAGAACCAGUUCAUGACCCCCAAUGGUUUCACCAUGUACAUGCUCUCUAAGGAGAACUGUGUCUUAAACCCGGAACAUGCAAGGGUUUACCAAGACAUGACACACCCACUGGCGCACUACUUCAUCUCCUCCUCCCACAACACAUACCUCACCAAGGACCAGCUGACUGGGGACAGCAGCAUAGAGCCAUACAUACGAGCUCUGAAUCACGGUUGCCGCUGCGUGGAGCUGGACUGCUGGGAUGGAGAUAAAGGAGAGCCGGUCAUCUACCACGGACACACAUUCACCUCCAAGAUACCGUUUGUCAAUGUCAUUGAGGUUAUCAAAGAGUACGCUUUUAAAGCAUCUCCUUACCCUCUGAUCCUGUCCCUGGAGAACCACUGCUCCGUGGAGCAGCAGACAGUCAUGGCUCAACAACUGCGAUCCAUCCUGGGAGACAAGCUCCUCACCAAGCCUCUCGGAGGUCUGGAUCCUCACAGUCUGCCCUCUCCAGAGGAUCUCAAAGGGAAAAUCCUUGUGAAGGGAAAGAAGGAACACGGGGCGGUGGAGGGUUCAUCCAGCACUUCAGACCUCAGCUCCUCGGAUGAGGAGGCCAGCAGGACCUCCAAAAAAGGGGACCAGAAGCCAAGUGUGUCUAAGCUGAGUCCCGAGCUGUCAGAGCUGGUUGUAUACACCUGCAGCGUUUCCUUUAAAAGCUUUGAACACGCUGCAAGAAACCCAGCAACUGAACUGUCCUCCGUCUCUGAGAGUGACGCUACCAGACACAUUAAGGACUCAGGGAUGUAUUUUGUGCGUCACAACAGUCAUCAGCUCAGCAGGAUCUACCCCUCAGGUCAGCGCCUCCAGUCGUCCAACUACAACCCUCAGGAGAUGUGGAAUGCAGGCUGUCAGAUUGUUGCUCUGAACUUCCAGACGCCUGGUGAGCAGAUGGACCUAAACCAAGGGCGGUUCCUGCAAAACGGUCAGUGUGGGUACACACUGAAACCUCCCUUCAUGUGCCAGCCCGGCACCACCUUCAACCCAGAGAAUGUGGGUGGAGGUCCUGGCCACAGACCUGUGCUGUUCACUGUCCGGAUUAUUUCAGCUCAGCAGCUUCCCAAGCCGGAGUGGGACAAGCCCAGCUCCAUUGUGGACCCUCAGGUGUGGGUGGAGAUUCAUGGAGCUCCCAUCGACAACAAUAAGAAGAAGACUCCUCAUAUUGACAACAAUGGCUUUAAUCCGCAGUGGGACUGUACAUUUAACUUCACCGUCCAUGCCCCUGACCUGGCCCUGGUUCGCUUCAUGGUGGAAGACCACGACUACACGUCCAGCAACGACUUCCUGGGGCAAUACACCCUGCCUUUCACCAGUCUCCGCACAGGCUAUCGCCACGUCCGACUGCUCAAGGUGGACGGCUCCACCCUUUCACCUGCAUCGCUCUUUGUCCACAUCACGGUCGGCCCCUGUGAGAGCAGUCCCAGCAAAUCAUCAACCAAAUCGCCGGCCAGGUCACCGACCAAGUCUUCAGCCAAGGGACCCUAGUCCCCUCCCAAGAAGCAUGGACAAGGGAAGAGCUCAGAUCACAUCUUCCUGGAUCCGGGCGAUAAAAGAUCUGGCCCCAAACUCAUCAAACUGGUUAUAAAGUAUGUAGCUGUAUCCACAACCUGUACUGUUGGUGAGAGGUUUCUGACCAGUAUUUUUGAAUUUGUAGCGAGGAAGGUAAAGGCCAUUCGUACUGUUCGAUGAAUACACUGAUCGUGGUGCUGAGUUUUCUGAUCAGGUCCCUGAUCUGACUAAAGGAAGACUAAGACCCCAAAAGAUAAAGUUUAGAAACAAUCAGGGAGAGAAGUAACAUCACUGAUGAACCAAAUGUCAGUUUUGAGUGUUGAGUGAGUUGACUGCACCUCAAGCCUCAUUCCUUUAUACAGAAUCUACCACUCACGGUGAUGUGGUGGAUAGUUGCUCUGUAAUUCCUCAUUUGAUCAGGGUUUGAUUCUUAGAGCAGGACAAGCCAUUAAAACAGCCUGCAUGAGUCAAGAGAAUCUAUAUGAGACCAACUCCAAAGUGUGGUGCCAGAUUUAGUCUUGAAAACAAGUUUCUGACCCUUUUUAUUUAUUUUAUAUUUAUCUUAUUUUAGAGUCGGUUUUUAUUUGAAAAGAAAAGCCUGCUGGUAUGUGAUUUGAAGAUUACUCUGAGAGUAUAGACUUUAUUUAUGUUAUGUGAAGCAGCCGUCCUCUAUGAAGUGUGACAUAAUCAAGUCCCUCACAUGUGAUACAUUCACUUGAAGAGCAGAUGGUCACUGUAAUCAUUUUUAUUUUUUUUAUUUUCGGAAAUCAAUCCAACUUCAUUUCAUGCAGCAACUGACCCUUAGUGCUGCAGGGAGACAGUACAGACGGGGUUCUCUCCGAACAUUUGAAAUUUUCAGUCAAACUGAUUUUACUCUUACUUCGGAUGGAAUUUAAAUCGCAGGGAUAUAUCUCUCUUUCUUCUCUGUUACUAUCUUGUCCUCAUUGUCCAAACUGACGUUCAGAAGGACUCAUGGUGAACCUUUAGGAUACGAGUGAAAACUCAGGGAAAAGCUCUUGAGAAACUUUUUCCACAGAACCCAAAGUGUUCAGAAAGUCCUGAAUCUCUAUCGCAUGUAUUAAGAAAAAGAAAAUGUCCUUUUAACUUCAUCAUAGAGAUUUUCAAGUUUGAAUGCAGCUCUCGGCAUGAAUUGUAAUUCUAAUCUAAUUGGGCAAUGUCCCCAAUACCUCUGUACAUAUCCAAAGCAAUAUGCAAAAUUUAAAAUAUUCUAUUUUAAAAUAGUUUAGAUCUUUGUUUAAAAAAGAACAGUAGCUCUUGUUGCUGCUUGUCCAAGACGUGCAAAUGAUCCCAUCCAGCUCUUUUAUAAUGUAGCCUAGUGCAUGUUCAAUGCUUAACAGGCUUUAGUUUUUAUAUGAUAGAAUUAGCUCAGUUAUGCCAUAGCAAGGCAUAGAUACAGCUGCUUCCUUAUUGUUAGCUUUUUAGACCUAUGCAGACAUGCUCUAUAGUUAAAAGGAGCUUACCUUGUUGUGUAUUGCUUUGCCAUUGUUUACUUAGUGUUCAGAUACAUGUAUGUUGUGUGUCUCCAGAGUCAACCUGACUGAUGAUCCUUUUUUUGACAGUAUAUCAUUAGAAACACGCUGCUGCUCGCUGCUUUCAUUUUGGACGAUAGACUGUUUUCUCUCUGUUGAGUGCAGAACACACAAACUGCAGCAAUUAUAUACUGUCAGUGUUUGAGCUGACUCCUCACCACAUUUCUUUGUUAGACAUCACUCUGUGAAGGUAUCCAUCGUAGAUUAUUGUGCUAAAGAAAAACCUUUAUACAGUGUUUUUAUUAAAAAAGGAAAUUGUAGGAUUUGUUUACGAACAUUCAUAUUGUUUAUUUACAUAUAACAAGGAGUACUAUAAAUAAUGUCAUGAUGUCUGUACGUCAUAACGAAUCCUUUGACUUGAAGCAGGUUUUCAAUCAGCAUUGGGUGCAUGGAGAGGAACAGUGCCGACUCGGACCUGGUUUCAACAUCUGUCCUGAGAACGUGUCAAACAUCUGUUCACACCUGGCAUAAGAAUCAAGACUGUUUUUUUUUUUAGCCUGAGGGACGAUAGCCAGCAAGCGAGUAACAAAAAAGUCCUUUAGCAGUUGUCAGUCAGUGCACAUUCAUGCGUUUUGGGGGGGUAUGCAUAUUUUCAAAGUGUAGUCUGCACUUGCUAGUUUUUCAAGGAUUACCAACCGUAGCUUUAAGUGCAAACCCCCAACAUCCCAUACACAUGGAUAAGUCUUCAGCCAAACCUCUAAAAUUAUGAAGGUGAGCUUGCCUGCUCUACAUUCAAAUAAACACGUGCGUCCUUUUUACAUUUCAUUUAGCUGACGCUUUUAUCCAAAGCGACUUCCUUUCUUUCUUACCUUUCUGUCCACAAAGACCAAAUAAUGUUGUUUUUAACCAGUUUUAAGUCUGACUGCGGCCUAUGGGUCUGUGUGUUUGUAUGUGAGAGAGAAAGCCGGGCCAGGGGGGGCUGAGGGAAUCAAUGUGCUUUGUGCAGCUCCGCAAUGACAACAGAUUUUACUUGUUUUUACUAAAGAUAUAUUGUGACAGUGGCCACAAAGAGAUCAAUAAUUUAAAUCAGGAAGUUGUGUUUUAUUGUGUUGAAAUUGGAAUCAGAAGAUACUGCCAGUAUGUAAACAACCAAAUCUGUUUGUGUCAAUAUUGCAGUUACUCACUUAUGUGUAUGAAGAACUGAAAGUGAAAGAUAAACACUGGAUACGAGAUCAUAUUUUGACCUUGUUCUUGUUUUUUCUUGUAACUGUUUGUGUUUGUGUUGCACCAGCUGUUUGCUAAUAAUUCUGAUAUUAUUUAUGUAGCCAGGUAAUAAAUGUAUUCACAGUGAUAGAAUAGAAAUGUAACAUGAUCGGACUGAAGAACCUCAUGAUAUCAGAUCAACUCCGGGUUUUAACUAAAUUAAGUGUUUAUUACUGAAAUGUAUUUUACAGUGAAAAUAAAAGUGAAGGUCCAGCA